CUGAUGUACUCUUCGAGGCUACCCGCAUCUAAACUGGAAUAAAUCAUGGCUUCAAAAGUUGUUCCAGCUACAUCUUAUCUAGAAAGCAGGCUCUGCUGCUUCUUUCGGAUCCUUUUUUUCGAGGCCCAACAUGAAAGUCGACGACGAGACAGUGCAAAACGGGCAUCAGGAGUCCAACGAGGAAGCCAGACACGGGAACGAGCCGGCGUAUAGCGAUGCAUCUACACCAACUAUUGAUGCGAACAAUCACAUCUCAGCAAUUGAAGUAACUCCUGACAAUCAAGUUCAAGGCCAGCACUUCACCGUACUCCCUGUUGUCAGCGUUCGGCAUGAGAGCGGCCAUAACGAGCAAUCUGCCACAGAAGAUGGCGAAAUCAAAGGAACAAAGCCGCACAACUGCCAUACUCUACUCGAAAUUGUCGUGAAGAGCGCGGACAGUCAAAAACAGGAGGAAGGCAAAGCUGAAGACGCCGCUGGAAAAGAAAGCUCAGAUUCCAGCGCAGCCGAUGCCAAACCAAAGCCAAUGGAAGCUCCUGAUCUUGAAGAGCAAUCCGAGGGGUCCAUCAAAAAGUCACGCGCCGCGUGGAGAUCUAUGCGAUUCCCUAACGGCAUUGAGAAGAUAUUCAACGACACUAAGCGUAAGAGUUCCCAACUCGACAGAUAUCGCAGAUACGACUAUUAUUCCAGGAGCGACAGCUCUUCCAGCAGCGACACUUCUUCCAGCAGCGACAGCUCCGCCGAAAGCGAUGGCCAUUCCAAAAGCGUCGAUGAUGCAUCCUCAUGGGCAGAGUCUGCGGCCAGCGAAGUGAACCCAGAGGACGUUGACGACAAUUCACCAUCCAGACUGGAAUGGCUGAGGCAGAAGAGAGAAGACAACGAGAAGAAUCCUCAUCUUGACCAACUGAUGGCGUUGGUUGGGCUGGAGAAUGUGAAGGCUCACUUUCUUGCCGUUAAGACCAAGGUCAAGGAGAGUAAGAGGACUGACCCUGGCUUGUCAAAGUUGCGACUUCACCUAGUUCUUCACGGGAAGGAUGGAACAGGUAAGAAAACUAUAGCAAAACUUUACGCACAAUUUCUCCUUUCUAUAGGAGCCGUGAACAGCCGAGUCUUUUUCAAAAAGUCGACCGCCAAGCGAGGUUCGUAUAGAUCUCGCUAUAGAAGAUCAUCCUCGGAACCACCCACGUGUCCGACAGUUGUGUUUUAUGACAAACCAAAAUUCAGUCAAGCUUCGACAGACAGUGAAUACUACGAUUCCUCCGAUAGUGACGACAGCAGCUCCUACAAUCCUUGGGACGACCGCUUCUCAUACCGUACACAGAGCUCAGAUACCAUGGAAGACCUCACAAAGACCGCGUUGAUGUCUGUUGUAAUCAUUUCCACGCGAGCCAAGUCUCUUCUCGAGUCUAUCGACGGCAACGAGAAGGCUUUACAAGAACUACCGAGCUCUCUGGUUCUUGCAGACUACAGUGACGAGGAACUCAAACAGCUAGCUGUGCGUAUGAUACAGAAAAGGGGCAUGUCGGUUGAGGGCGGGUUCGAAGAUCGCAGCCUUCGUGCCUUGGUGCAGCGAGUGGCCCGAGAGCGGAAGUCGAAAUCGUUUUCCAACGUUCACUGCCUAGAGGAAGAAUUGGACAAGGCAUACACGAGGCGAGCUCUUCGGCUACAGAGAGAAUAUGCUCGAUGGCUCGGGAACGAUUCGACAAGAGGCUCUCAAACAGCAGAUUUUCCACGACGAGAACUGGAAGACGGAGACGACCUCAACAAGUGCGGGCUUAGCGACUCAACCAAUGGCCAGAAAAAGGUCCUCAAGUCAGAGGACCUUUUAGGCACAGAGCCGAAGGAUCUGAGAAACGAUAAUGAGUCGUGGAAGAAGCUUCAGGAUAUGAUUGGGCUCGAAAAGGCCAAGAGCGAAUGCGGCGACAUCAUCGACUAUGCCCAGAUCAACUACCGUCGAGAGCUUCAAGGGAUGGAACCGCUCAAGAUUGGUCUCAACAGAGUAUUUCUCGGACCGCCUGGCGUAGGUAAAACGACUGUUGCGCAGCUUUACGGCCAGAUCCUCAUCGAUCUCGGUCUUGUCUCUGGAAAGAAGAUCAUGUUGCGAAACCCAUCCCACUUGAUUGGCGCAUACAUAGGGCAUUCAGAGAAAAUGACCAUGGGCGUCUUGAAGGAAGCUCGAGGGAAUGUUCUGACCAUUGAUGAUGCACAUAUGCUCUAUCCCGGAGCCCAGGACGCCGGCCACAAGACGGACGUCUUUCGCAUCGCUGUCCUUGACACUAUCGUCGCGAAUGUAUCCGCCGAACCAGAGGACAGGUGCAUCAUCCUGGUUGGUUACGACCAUCAAAUGGGACAACUAUUCAACAACAGUAACCCUGGGCUCCAGCGACGGUUCCCCAAGGAGACUGCCUUGCGAUUCGACACCUACAGCGAGGACGAGCUGUGCCAGAUCAUGGAUCUAAAUGUCGACAAGAGUGGUCUCGAGAUGUCAAAGGAUGCUGCGGCGGUGUCUAGACAAGUCCUGGGCUGCAUGCGUAUCAACCCAAAGUUUGGGAACGCGGGAGACGUCGAGAAUCUACUCAACCAGGCAAAAGUCCGCAUCAACGCACGAAUCACGUCCGCAUCCCGUGGAUCAGGGUCUGUACAUGUUGUCAUAGAGCCUGGCGACAUCGACCCACAUUGGGACCGGGAAUCACAAGCCGGCGAAAGUCGCGCUACGCUAUUUGAAGGCUUCGUCGGGUUCAAUAGGAUCGUUGAGCAAUUCCAAGGCUAUCAGCACCUAGUCGCUGGCAUGCGGCUUUACGAGAUCGACCCCAGACCUCACGUCCCAUGGGCCUUCAUCUUCAAGGGGCCACCGGGUACUGGCAAAACUUCAACCGCGCGGAAAGUUGGGCGGUUAUACUACGACAUGGGCCUCCUUUCCACAGACGAUGUUGUAAGCUGUUCGGUCAGUGAUCUUGUUGGAAAGCACGUGGGAGAAACGGGACCGAAAGUUCUCAACACUCUCGAGACUGGCCUCGGAAAGGUCUUGUUCAUCGACGAAGCCUAUCGGCUUGCGAACGAUUCCGAGUUCCAUGUAGAGGCUAUCGGCGAGCUAGUCGAUGCAAUGACCCAAGUGCGCUACAGAAACAACAUGGUUAUAAUCUUGGCAGGGUAUACCGUCGAGAUGGACUUUCUCCUACAGGUCAAUCCUGGAUUGCGUAGUAGAUUCCCAGAACAGAUUGUAUUCCAGCCCAUGAGCUCACACGCAUGUCUCAGGCAUCUGAGUCAAGAGGUCCAGAAGCUCAAGAUCAACAUUCUGGGACCAAGAGGAGCAAAUGACGACAAGUUAGAGACGGUCUAUCGUCUUUUCAAAAAGCUCGGUCUAACGAGGGGAUGGGCUAGCGGUCGGGACGUUGAGACUUUAGCCAAGACCAUCAUAGGAAACGCGUACAAGCGGGCGGGAAGAACAGAGAAGAAGCUAGACACGGGCUCGCUGCAAGUCAAUUUGGAAGAAGUGAUCGAAGCUCAGAAAGGGAUGCUGGCGGAACGCCUAGGGCGAAUGAGCGAUGAGGCGGAUGAGUAGACUGUAGGCUAUAAACUUAGUGUGCCAAAAUGCGACACGAAGCAGAUUUAGCCCAAAGG